GGGGAUGAACUGCGCCGGGGGCCAAAGAUACAAGUACUGCGGUCCAGGCCUCACCAGCCCUCAGGAGUACAACCAGUGGCUCCCGUUUCGACACGAUGCCAGUCUGAUGCCCAUGAAGGAGGAUCUGGCUCUGUGGUUGAACACUAUACUGGAGGUGGACCUGACAGCGGACAGCCUGAUGGACGGUCUGGACAAUGGCGUUAUCCUCUGUCAGCUCGCACAAAUGCUGCAGGACAAGAUGAUGCAGGCGAAUAACAGCAAGGUAACGAACACGAGCACGGUCAGGGAGAAGUUUGGGAAUAAUGCACGACACUUCAUCAGGAGGGUCAUCCACUGGAGACCAAACGCAACUUCAGGAUCAUUUUUUGCCAGAGACAACACGGCCAACUUCCUGUACUGGUGUCGCAAAAUCGGUGUGGACGAAGCUUAUCUGUUUGAGUCUGAAGAUCUGGUCCUGCAGAAACAGCCUCGGGAAGUGUGUCUAUGUCUGAUAGAGCUGGGGCGGAUCGCAGCCAGGUACGGUGUGGAGCCUCCAGGUUUGGUGAAGCUGGAGCGAGAAAUUGAGCGAGAAGAAGCCGGUCUGUCGCCUCCCUCCACGAACCCACGGAGCGCCAACAAAUCUACAAAAAGACGGAGCGCAAACACCAACACGCUCUUGGAUAAUAUUGUUGAAAACAUCGUGAAGAACGCUCCCUGCACUUGUGCCACAAAGUUUCCCGUUGAAAAGCAGCCGAAAGGUUGUUAUCGAAUCGGAGAGAAAGUUCUGUACAUCCGUAUGCUGAACGAGCGUCACGUGAUGGUGCGAGUCGGAGGAGGCUGGGAGGCCUUUUUGAGCUACCUGCAGAAACACGACCCGUGCAGAGGAGCACUGAGCAGGCCAGAGGUCAGAGUGUGUCGGGACAGGGUCAAAACCGCGCCCCUACAGAUGUCCCCGGACAGCUACAUGGUGGUGGGAGCCCAUUAUCGAAAUAAGAAGUAG